CAACCCCGCCACCCAGUCCUGUGUCCAGCCCAACCCUGUGCUCACGCUCCACACAGCACAUCACGCCCGCGCGCAACACCUCACGCUCCCCGCACAGUACAGCACUUUAAGCUCCCUGCACAGCACCUCACGCCCCCGCACAGCACCUUAAAACUUUCAGAGUACAAGUGGAGUAUUGUGGGAGCGAAGCAGCCAUGGCCAGCGUGAAGGUGGAUCAGCUGCCGCUGCCCUGCCUCAAGCUGGGGGAGGGACCCCACUGGCAGGAGCACCUCCAGGCACUCCUCUUCGUCGACGUCUUCAGCAAAACUCUCCGUCGAUACUUCAUAGACAGUGGCAGGAGUCAACAGCUUCUUGUAGAGGACGGAGGCGUGGCGGAGGUGAUCAGCGUGGUGAUACCGGUGGAGGGAGAGCCCGACCUGCUGCUGGUGGGGAUGGGCAAGACGCUGUGCGUGGUGCGCUGGUCUCCGGACGACCCCGACAGUCACACCGUCACCGCCAAGGUCAUCCAGACCACCACAGACGACCACUUCAACGAUGCCAAAUGUGACCCCCAGGGACGACUAUGGGCAGGUACCAUGGGGCCCCUGGAUGCCUCGGGGGAGCUGCUGGAGUUCAACACCUCGUCCUUGUUUAAGUACGACCACGACCUGGUCUUCACAAGACGGGUGGAGAAGGUGACAAUAUCAAACGGGCUGGCCUGGAGCCACGACAGGAAACAUUUCUACUACAUAGACUCUCCCGCCAAGGCUGUCUACCACUUCGACUACGACGAUGCUGCUGGAACCAUCAGUAACCAGCGUGUGUUGCUGGACUUCCCGGCGGCGGGGCUGAAGGAUCAGGUCCCUGACGGCAUGACCAUAGACGUCGACGGCAAUCUGUGGGUCGCCUGCUUCGGCGGAGGACAGGAUGAACAAGAUCAGCAUAAACUGCUUGACUCUGUAGUUGUGUCGUCCCAAGAUAUUCCAGUGGAAAGCGAAGGAAGAAGAGGAGGAGGAGUGAUGUCUGUGGCGGUGGUAGAGCAAGUGUUGCCAGGGGUGCACCUGGGCGAGGGACCUCACUGGGUGCACCACCACCAGUGUCUCCUCUUUGUUGACAUCGUCAAGGGCGACGUCCACCGCUACUUCCUUCAGACCAAGAGAUGCCAGGUUCUUCACAUUGAGGGAGGUGAGGCAGGAGGCACAGUGUCCCUGGUGGUGCCGGUGGAGGGCGCUCCUGACCUGUUUAUGGUCAGUCUGGGGCGAUCACUGGCUGUGGUGGAGUGGUCCGUCAGCGACCCAGACUACCACACCGUCAGGCCCAAAGCCAUCCUUCACACCGUCGAUCACCGCUUCCCAACCAAUCGCUUCAAUGACGGCAAGUGUGACCCACGAGGCAGGCUCUGGGCAGGUACCAUGGGUCAUGAAGACGUCCCCGGCCAGCCAGAACUGUACCGGGGCUCCUUGUUUUGUCUGGACGGUGACCUUCGCCUCACUGACCGGGUUAACAAGGUGUCUAUUGCAAAUGGACUAGCAUGGAGUCUGGAGAGGAAAACUUUCUAUUACAUUGACUCCUGUGCGUACUCAGUUGAUGCCUUUGAUUACGACGAAUCAACCAGUCAAAUUGAAAAUCGUCGCACUGUGGUGGACUACAAAACGUCUGGUCUGGGAAAGGACAUCCCUGAUGGAAUGUGUAUUGACGAAGUUGGUAAUCUCUGGGUCGCCAAUUUCUAUGGAAAAAAGGUUAUCUGUAUUGAUCCAGAAAUCGGCAAGAUUGUCCGUAGCGUGGAGCUGCCAGCCCGGGACGUUACCUCAGUGUGCUGGGGAGGUCCACACUACUCCACCCUCUUCGUAACCUCAGCCCAAACUGGGCUGUCAGCGGAGGAGCUGACCUCGCAGCCCGCAGCUGGGGGCGUGUUUGCCAUCUCGGGCUUAGGGGUCAAAGGUCUUCCACCUACAAACUUCAGCGCUAAUCUUGAUUUGUUGAAAAAACAGAUGUCUUCUGAAGUUUCUGAUUAAUAAUACCAAAACUCUUAAACACUUAGUAGUUAAUGAUGCUACAUUACAGAACUGUUUUUAUUAUGUUAAGUUACUGAAGCUGUAAACAAAAUGAAGUUAUUCUAAUUACUGAGCUGUGAACGUUGAUCACGUUCCCUCUAGUUUUCUGGCUUCAUACUCUCACCGGUGUGACUUUCUAACCAAUUUAUUCAAUUAUUUGUAUUUUUCUUUACAGUCGCAGAUUAUGGAGUUGUAUAUCACAAGAUAAUAUCAAGAUGUAAGAUAUCACAAAGCACGAUAACAUGAAUUUCCUGCCCGAAACGCUAUUUGUGCUAGUGGCUUGACAAGAAUGUCAAAACAUCCAUGCUAUAUAUUCUCAUAAACCCAACGUUCCUUCUUGAUAUAUAUAUAUAUAUAUAUAUAUAUAUAUAUAUAUAUAUAUAUAUAUAUAUAUAUAUAUAUAUAUAUAUAUAUAUAUAUAUAUAUAUAUAUAUAUAUAUAUAUAUAUAAUACAUAAAUGUAAAUGACGCUCAGUUAGCAAAGUCAUUCAAAAGUUAUUUUCUUUUCGAAAACAGCAUCACUCAAAACUCCCAGUUUUUAGAAGCCUACAUCUUCACUUCUGAUUGGAAUGAACAAGAGAAGAAAAGAACAGCACUAUAAAAGUAGGAGAAAAGUAGGCCAAAUGUAACUUUCAAGAAUAAAGAAUUUAUGAGUUA